AUGGCUGAAAAAACACAAGGAGUCACUAAACUUGAACUGGAGGCUGUUAUUGGCUUCAAUGGACACGUGUUUUCUGGCUUGAACGUACACCCAGACAAAGAGCACCUCAUCUAUCCUCUGGGAUCCACGGUCAUUCUGAAGAGUCUCACAGACGGCAAGCUGGAGUUCCUCCAUGGGCACACAAACAAUAUAUCCUGUAUUUCAGUGUCCAAGAGUGGAUUGUAUAUUGCCACUGGACAGGUCAACUUCAUGGGCUUUGAGGCUCCAAUUAUUAUCUGGGACUAUAAACAGCGAACAAUCCAUGCCCAGCUGAACCUCCACAAGACGAAGGUAGAGGCGUUGUCUUUCUCUCCGAAUGACAAGUACCUGGUGUCCCUCGGGGGUCAGGAUGAUGGCCGCAUAUUCCUUUGGGAAGUUGAGACCAAGCAGUUCAUGUGUGGAAGCCCAGCCUCAGCUAACUGUUCUGGUCACUGCUUCACUCUUCAGUACUCGAAUACCAACGACCACGUCUUUGUUUCAGCUGGAAACGAAACACUGCGAGUCUGGGAGCUGAACCUCACCAACCGGAAGAUCACAGCCACAGAGUGUCAGGCAGGAAAGCUCAGGAGGAUGGUGAAGUGCAUAGAGAUCUCAGAGGACGAUCAGUUCAUUUUCUGUGGCACAAGCAGUGGAGACAUAAUGAAAAUCAACCUGAAUUCGAUGCACCUGAGUGACUGUGGUCCAGUUAAAACAAAAUACGAACUGGGUGUCAGUGUCCUGAAAAUACUGGAGUCCGGGGACCUACUUCUCGGAUCUGGAUCUGGUACCAUCACUCUGUGUUCCAGUGCUGACUUCCAAAUUCUCAAGAGUGUUGAGGUGGAAAAGGGGGUGACCUCCAUUGCUUUAAGCGGAGAAGACGACCAUUUCUAUGUUGGGACAGAGGCUGCUCGGAUGUACCGCAUCAGUUACAUGGACUUCAAUGCUGAACUAUUGUCCAGCAGCCACACGAGUGCUGUCAAGGACAUAACCAUUUUUAAUGGAACCUCUGAAUUAUUUGGAACCUGUGCUGAGCAGGACAUCAAGCUGUGGCACAUUGACAACCCCAAAGAGCUGCUGUGCAUAACUGUACCCAACAAGACCUGCAAUGCCAUGGACUUCAUGGCUAAUGGUCAAAGCAUCAUUAGUGCAUGGGACGAUGGUGCGAUUCGUGUGUUUGGGCCAGAAAGCGGUCGGCUCAUACUCAUCAUUCACAAUGCUCACAAAAAGGGGGUGACAGCCAUCGCUGGCACCAGGUCCUGCAAGAGGAUCGUCAGUGGAGGGGGAGAUGGAAAGAUGCGUGUGUGGGAGCUGGAGAAACAAGGCCAUCAACUGCUGGAGACCAUGACAAAGCACAAAGGCGCUGUGACUUGUAUCCAAAUCAAGUGCGACGACAGUGAGUGUGUCUCUGUCAGCACUGAUGGUUCCUGCAUCAUAUGGGACCUUGAGCGAUUCAUGAGUCUUCAGGUGAUGGCCACCAACACGAUAUGUAAGGCAGUGUGCUACCACCCAGAGGAACACCAGAUCAUUACCAGUGGCACGGACAGAAAGGUUGCCUACUGGGACGUGUACGAAGGUGCGACCAUAAGAGAAGUGGAGGGCUCCCAGUCUGGGCCCAUUAACGCCAUGAGCAUUUCCCAGGACGGCAAACACUUUGUAACGGGUGGAGAAGACAAGCUGGUGAAGGUGUGGGACUACAUGGAAGGCACAGUGACACACGUGGGGGUAGCUCAUGGUGUCACUAUCACCAGCAUCAAGAUGUGCUCCAACAACCGCACCUUAGUCAGCACCAGCGCAGACGGAGCCGUUCUCCGCUGGAAGUUCCCUCAUCCGUCGUCCUCCAAAUGUGACACUACAUGA